UAAAAAACGUCUAUUACACGACGCAAGACACGAACACCUCAAAUAAUAUAAUAAAAAUAAUGAUUUUGCUUUCCGGAAGAAUACUUCCAAUUUAGGUGAAUUUAAUAACAACAAGAAAUCGGAAUGGCCGCAAUCGAUCAACCGGAUCUUCUAUUCUUCGAUACUUUCUCCCAUGACACGAGCGAGGAACUGAACCUAGAUCUAGUGCAGUUUCCGAAGUCUGUUUAUGUGAGAGAAAUACGGAUUAUUCCUUUGGGGGCUCGCGUGGAGGGCGAUUUCCCCGGCGGUGUUCGCUUGGGAGCUACGAAUCCAACGAAAUUUCACAUAGAUUUCUUCGUGAAUGAUUUGAGCAAGCCUGGAGCUUCAACCUUUGAGGCGCUCGGGAGCCUGGACUACUGCCAGAAUGGACAAAUUCAUAUGGAGUGUGGGUCAAACUUGGACCAGCCAAGGAUUCCUACUGAUGGACUUGUGCUUAGAGGUUGGUACACCACCAUCACUCUGGCCGUUUACGGGAACCUGAGCCAAGUGAUUCCUGAAACCCCUGUGGGAGUGAACCCACCUUCAGUCCAAAGGCCUUCCAUCCCGCGCGAUGUACCUACAGUGUCCAACGUACCACCACAGGACUGGAACCCGGAGGUUACUAAUCCCAUACCCACAUACACUGGCUCCGCUGUUGCUAAUCCUGAUGCUUAUGGACCUAAUUAUCCGCCAGAGAACUAUGAUAAUCCCUACCGUACGGACUACUACGACAACGAACCUCCGAAGGACCCAAGAACCUAUCACAUGGACGAUGAUUGGGAAAAGGACCGACGGGGCAUGAGCCUCGACCGUGAGGGAGACAGAAUGCGGCGCAGCCCAAGAUCUGUAGAGUUAGACAGGGAUAGAAGAGAAGUCAGAAGCCGCAGGAGGUCUCUCGACAGAGGUCGAAGUCGAGAUUCUUCAAGACAUCGCGAUAGGAGCCGAGAUUUGGAUAGAUUAGAUAGACUUCAUUCUCGAUCUAGAAGUCGAGAAAGAGAGUAUGUUGUCAAAGGGGAGUAUAGACCGCUCAGCAGGUCGAGGUCUCGAAGCAUCGAUAGGGACCGACUGCGCGGAACUUCCGCUGAUCGUGACUGGGACAGAGGUUCCUAUAAAAAAGACGAUUAUAGGCGCCACAGAGAUUCCUCUUACGACCGAUCUCGUGGAGGUUCCUACGAUAAGCGCUCUGGUUCUUAUGACAGAAGAUCCCCUUAUGAUAAAAGAGCUCCUUCCUACGAAAGGAAAUUGUCUUACGAAAAACGUGGACCAUCUUAUGAGAAACGGCAGUCACCGAGGGCUUCGUCUUAUGAGCGCAGAGCACCGUCUUACGAAAAGCAAACAUCGUACGAUAAGAAAAGACAUUCACCGUACAGGAUUAGAACUUCGAGCUACGGCAGUCGUUCUCCUAGUCGAGACGAUCCUCGAAAACGUCCGAGAACUCCUCCCGGAGAAAGCAGCAGAAGACCAUUAUCGCCAAGAGAAGGAGAUACGUCUAGCCCCAUCAAUUCAAUCAGGUCUGAAGAAACUGGGGACUACGACAGGAGCGGCAAGCAAAUCCCAAGAGUUGACUUCUAUCAUCCAACUUACAGACAUAAGAAUCAGAUCAGGAGUCCUUCUGAAGAAAUCGAAAACCCUCCAUAUGUGGAACCUCAGCAUUCUAGUCUUGUUACCGUGCAGAUAGUGGAUACAACGGCACCAAAGGUCAUUGCAUCUCCGGCGCGGAACCCAGAGGAAGACCGCUCAAUGGAUGCAGAGCAGUUUGAACCAAUUCUCUCCGACGAAGACAUUUGCGAUGAUUUAGAAACGCCAUACAUGGACGUUGACUAUGACGUGAAUGACUACGACGGUAUCGACGAUAUCAUAAAAUACUUCAACCCAUUCAAGAACGAUUGGAAGAAAUAUCAGCACGUGAAUGCCGUGCACAAACUUGGCAAUGAAAAUAAAGACGUGAUGACAGCCAGUUUUGACGAACUCUGCGAUGCCAGUCCUGAUCUUUUCAAAAUGUCAGAGAUGGCUAAAUCGGGAACUAAAAGGGAACAGAAAUUCUUCUCCAACACAUUUACAGAAAUUGAUAACACAGCAAAAGAAGAAUGGGUACAUCAGUGUGAACAAUUGACUACAGCUCUCACUAACCUUUGCAAUAAUACGGAUAUUAUAUUGAGGAUUUUCAAGAACAGUGUUCGUACGGAAGGGUCAGAAGAAUUUACAGAGAUUUACAACCUUCUAGCGACUUUCUGCCGCAUUGGCCUGAAUUUCGAUUACGCAUUGUCACAAAACGUAGCUACAUACAAAAUAAGACAUAUGAAAUGUGGAAUCCGUCUAGCCGAAGCUCUGUUUUCACACAGACACAGUGAGAAAGUUAUCAAAGUAUUUCUGAACGCUGGAAUAGAUGUCCAGAUGUUACUGUUAGAAAUGUAUUCUAAAGAGUACAUGGCUCUGAGCAUUCGCCUGAUGAUCCUAAAAGCACUAAAUGCUUGUCUAUCGUCUAAGGUUGCUGUCGAACAUUUUAUGCAAGAGGCAUUAUAUCCAAAAUUCAGUAAAAAUGAGGACAAUGACCACAAACCUAUGAAUGGUUACCAGGCGCUCAUAGCUAUUAUGCAAACAAAUCCUUUAGCGAGAAUUAAGUUUUCUAUCAGUGCUUUGAUUAAAAAGCUCAAUAUCUAUGAACUAUUAGAAAAGUUACACGGUUUAGUAUUGAAUUUCAAUAAGAAUGCUGCAGAAAAUAAUCAAGCAGAAGACACAGAAUUAUCAGAAAAUGACACUGACUUCAUUGUCAACUCCUUAGAGGAAGUACUGUACAUGUAUCGAUCACAUUGUUUCCAUAUUUCUCAACCAAAGCGUUUUCUGCCUGUUUCUGCUCAAUUUGAAAUCAGUAAAGAUUGUUCCAACGAGACCUUGUUAGAAUUCUUCAACAUACAUCACAUUCUUGAAGUCUGCUUGUACUUACUGACGUGCCCUACAACUUGCAACAACCUGGUCGUCAUAAGUCCGAUACACGACUUGAUAUAUGAACUCGUGCAUUCACAAAAUGGCUUGAAUUUCUUAUAUAAAAACAUGGAGAUGAGCGAACUACUCUUCAAGACCUUAGCUCAACCUUACGGUCAAAACACUGACGAGUUCCUCUAUCCCCAUGACUUGAGCAACUACACUGAUUUACAAAUACUUGGUCUGGAAUUUGCUUAUAGACUCAAGGCGCUAUAUUAUUUGGAGUCCAUCUGUGAUUUGCAAGCCGGCAAAGUGGAGGAAAACGAAUUGAUAGAUAGACUGCAAUCUUUAUACUGCCUAAGUUUUGGAAGCAUCGGCAGGACUGCGGUCCCCGAUGUAAUCGCUAUGGGGGAUAACGCAGAAUGUCUCAUGGAAGUGUUUGAGAAAGAACUAAAGAGUAAGAGGAGUGAUUCACUGUCAAAGCAAAAGUCACCUGCAAAAGGCUAUGCUAUUGAACUCAUAGUUUCUGCUGUUCGGUACUCGGCCAGUGUACCAUUUUUGAAGAAAUAUGGGAAUAGACUUGUAAAUGUCUCCAAGGAACAUGAUAGAUUUGAACCCAGCGUUUCUAGUGUUCUCCAAGAAGUCAUCCCAUACUUAAAACCAGUCGAAAAGACCAGCCUCCUAACAGGUGAAGACAUGGGCGAAUGCGUAGAAAUACUUAAAAACACUUUGGAUCAAGUCCCUGAUUUGCCUGGAGAAUUAAUGACCUGUCUGAGGAUUUUACGUCAUUUUUGCAUUUCGGAUUACGAAUCGAACGUUUCCAUAGCCAGCGAGUCGGCCACGGACGAAUACGUCGAAUUGAAAUACAAGUAUAACGUGCUUCAACUGUUCUCGUUAGAUGGAGUCGCUUUACUAGUCGGUGUGCUGGAUCGUUUAGCCGUACAUUUCGAUCAACCGAGCAUGCAUACGGCAUUCUUCGCAUCAGUUCGAGGUCUACAAUUAGCCCAGAUUCUUCUACCGUGCUUGAGGCUUUUAGACGAAAUGCUAGCCCGAGUUGUCCGGUGCCGCGGCUCGAGAUUCCGCGACUUAACCGCCGCUCCCAUGCUACUCAAAACUUAUGGAAUAGCCAAGGCUUUCCCCGUGGGUUCCGUGGGAUAUAGAACUGCGACUAAAGCGGCAGAAGCGGCCGUAAAAGCCUUGCUAGCUUACGCUCAACCGAUAGCUGACAACGCGAAAGAUGGAGACUCAAUACGUCGCGGGCCUUGGACUUCCUUAUGCUCAGAAGUGAUCUCAUACAUUACCACGGCACCUUAUACUUUUGUGCCGGGUCUUUUGGUGUUCUCGGAGCUUUUACCUUUACCGCUGCCUAUGCAGACGAAAACUCCUCCGACGGAAAGGGAGUUAGCGGACGCGUCAAACGAAAGGCGCUUAUGGUCGGCGCAUCUCCACGCGCUAUCCAACGACUUGACUGACAUGAUUCAAAUUAUUUGCAUGUCUACUUAUCGACCUGUCGUUCAUAUGUUACGGCGAGUGUGCGUUCAGAUAGCGGAUCUAGCUCCGAAUACUGCUGCCACCGUCGCUAGGGCAGCGGUCGGGGCUGUCAUGAGAGAGCUGAAGCCUGGUGAACCAGCGACCGCUAGUUCAGCUAGAGUGAUGGGAUUCUUAGCUUGUUUAGUCUCACACGCUCCAGUCAAAUGCGCAGUGUUACACGCUAUGAGCAGCGGAGGACCUAAGGCUGCCGACGUCCAAACGGCAUUAUGUGGAGUUUUAAGUCUAGCCAAUGCCUCUAACGAGCACGCGGCGGCUCAAGAAUUCGCCGCUCAUGCUUUAGCGGCCUUCUGCGACGUGGAAGUGACUUUAACACCCAUGCACGCUGCCACGGACGUUCUCCUAGCGAAUUCCUUACCCGGGAAAGAAGCGUUGGGUGCAUUUUUGGAUGCUUCAGCAGAUUGUCUAGAAUCGUCGACGAAAACGUGCUCAGUGGCCUUAGCGGUGCUUAGAGCGUACUUCGUGUUAACGGAACAUCAGUACGGGUUCCUCCAGUUCCGGAAAUUUGUGACUAAGAGGAGGGAAGCUUUGGGGAAGUUCUUUAGGUGGGCAUUGGAAGGUCAAGGGGAAGAUAAGGCGGAGUGUCUGAGUUUGUACUUCGAUUUGAUCAGGAUGUUGAAGGCAGAAGAAGGUGAUGGGCCUUUGGGGCGUAAAGGGGUGCUCACGGAUGAAGAGGUCUCGGAUAUGGUCGGGUACAAUGCCAAUGAGGAGGACCAUCCUGCCUUGACGCUGGAGAAAACAUUGAAGGAGCGAUCCCAAGACGAAGACGUCUCAAUAGCCAGUCUGAUCAACUCCUGUCUCCAAAAACUGAAGCCUUCGGAGGAGGCACCCGAAGUGGCGGAGACCAUCCUACCAGCCCCAGAGACAUUGGUAGCCCAGUUCGCUGCAAGGACUAUUUAUGCUAUAGGGGAGGCCAGCGAUGAAAGGCUAACCUCUAGCUACUGGUUGAAUCUACCGUCAGUCGGCGGCGAAGAGGAUGUCAAUGAUAAUGAGUUGGUGUGCGUGGACAUAAUGGAGAUCGCGCUCGCGUGCGUGGGCGCGGGCGCGGACGUGGCGGGCGCCGUGCGGCGGCUGGCGGGCGCGAGCGCGCGCACGCAUGCGCACGCGCGCGCGCAGCCGCAGCCCAUGAGGGAGCCCAGGCCCCCGGUGGCACUCUCCCGCGUCCGGCCCGAGGGCGCAGACGCGUUCCGCUCCAGACCACCCAACACGUCCCGUCCGCCGUCGCUGCACGUGGACGACUUCACGGCGCUCCAUCCACCGUACGGGAAACCGCAAGCACGCGGCAUGCGACGCGGCGCGGCGCCGGACCGCGGGCGCUUCGCCUCCGCCGCGCCCGUGCACGCGCACGCGCACCAGGCCUCGCAGCACUACCGCCAUCUUCGGGGUCGCGGCGCGUGGGAAAUGGGCGCGUCUCAUUUCGGCCAUUUUCCGCCCGCGCAGUAUAUGAUGAGUUCCAUGGGCUGGGGCGGCGCGCGCAUGCAGCGCGGACCGCGUCACCGCGCGUUCCUGCGGUAACCGCCACGCAAACAUACGGACAAACAUGGCAUAGUUAUUUGUUUAGUAAUAGGAAUAGACUCGUAAGAAAUAAAUUUCCUAUAA